ACACCUCUUCGUUCUUCCGUCCGACCUACCUAUCUGAAAACCCGGUGCUUGCUUUGUGGCAAAAUGCGACUCAUCAACCGUACAUAAGCAAGAGUUUUUUAUCGCUAUUUUAAACUUUAAGUUAGUGUUACAACAGCAACUUGUGUGUAGUUUAGUUCAUCCAGUUCCAGUUGAAGUUAUAGUUAUUAUUUAGGGGGGGGGGGGGGGGGGGGGUUAUCGUCCGUUAUCAACCAGCUGGGCGAAAGGAAACACGAAUAAAACGCAAAGCAUUAGCGUUAACGUUAGCUACAAUACAGUCCUUUCUGUCCGUUUUUUUUUUAAUUUGGCCUGUAUCUUGCUACUUUACGUGCACCGACAUGGCUACUAAUCCUCCAGGACAAGCCUUUCCGAACAAGGCGCGGGUGGCGAUCCUGGCCGAGCUGGAGAAGGAGAGGAGGCGGCUGAUGAGCACUCCCGGAGGCAGCAUCUCGCUGUCCCGACCAAGUCUGAAGGAGUUCAGGGACAAUGCAGAACAGCAGCACAUCGCUGCCCAGCAGAAAGCUGCCCUGCAGCAUGCACAUGCACACUCCACAGGCUUCUUCAUCACUCAGGACUCCUCAUUCGGGAACCUCAUCCUCCCCGUCAUUCCACGCCUGGAGCCUGAGACUUCUUGACCUUUUUUAACCUCUUGUUGUCCUCCUGCUGCCAGGUGUGAGAAGAUGCUUUCAAACAACACACAUGCACAUCAGACCCACGUCGCCCCCGCGUUCUCUCUUCUAAGUCCGGGAUUAAUGGACAAGUUGUUAGGCAGGUUGUUAACAAUCUCAGGGGAGGGGGAAUCUGUCAUUUCUACAUUUUCCAGACUAACAAACUGGCUGCUGAACGUAGGAAAGCUUUUCAGCAACAGGUGGAAGAAGGUUCCAGAUAGCUGUGAAACAUCAUGUGGAUUGGUGCAGGGGCCGAAAACAAACGCUACACCAAUAAAUGCUGUCCUGCUCUGUUGCCUUUUACCGCACUGAUUCACAAAAUGAACAUUUUUGUCAAGGUUUUUACAUUAAUGGAUUAGUAUCCAUAUUUGGGUAAUAAAAUUGUCACACACUUGUGUAUAUAGAUUGAAUUCAACUUUUUUUGCAAAAAAGGGGGCAGAUGGCCUAAAUGCAUAGUCCGUGGCUAUGUUCGCAUGAUAGGGUUCUAUAAUCAGUCCUGAUCAUUUUGUCUCACUUCUAUGUCUCAACUGUUCACAUCCAUGUUUUAAAGUGACCCGUAUUAAAAAGGGGGGCAAAACAUUCCUUCAUCCAUGGGUAGGGUGUUGUCUGAGGAAGAUAAGUGUGCCGAUAGCGUCUUUAGCCACUUACAUGUCUGAAAUUAGUUUUUUUAAUGGUCAAAGGCUUUAGAAAGCAAAGUAUUUCCUUUCUAAAAUGAGGAAGACUUGCUUAUUUUCAUAAUGCUCACUAUGUUUAGUGGUUUAUUGUAAAACAUUGUUCAGCAGCACACAAAUCAACACAAUUAUUACAGUAUAUCAACAU